UGGGAUUGGUUGCUGUCGCUGCUCGUGCUGAACCCUCUGAAGAAAUGGACUUGGAUCAACUGGAGCUAAACCCCAGAAUCACUGCUGCACUGAAGAAGGGGAGACUGAAGUCAGUGAAGGAGGUUCUGUGCUACUCGGGACCAGACCUGCAGAGGCUCACCGGCCUGUCCACCCAUGAUGUCCAGCACCUACUGAGAGCAGCCGCUCUACACCUUCAGGGCAGCAGGGUCCUCACAGCACUGCAGCUGUUCCAGCACAGGGAGAGCUUCCCUGAGCAGCAUCAGCGCCUGAGCCUGGGCUGCCCGGUCCUGGACCAGUUCCUGGGUGGCGGCCUGCCCCUGGAGGGCAUCACUGACCUGGCUGGCCGCAGCUCAGCAGGGAAGACCCAGCUGGCACUACAGCUCUGCUUGACUGUGCAGUUCCCACGACAAUAUGGAGGCCUGGAGGCUGGGGCUGUCUAUAUCUGCACAGAGGAUGUCUUCCCCAGCAAGCGGCUGUGGCAGCUCAUUGAACAGCAACAGCAGCUGCGGACAGAUGUUCCUGGAGAGGUGGUCCAGAAGAUCAGGUUCAGCAACCACAUCUUCAUUGAGCAUGCGGCUGACGUGGGCGCCUUGCUGGAGUGUGUGCGUAAGCGGCUCCCCGUUCUGCUGUCAAGGGGGAUGGCCCGCCUGGUCGUGGUGGACUCUAUAGCAGCCCCGUUUCGUUGUGAGUAUGAUAGUCAGGCCUUGGCCACCAGGGCCAAGCACCUGCAGUCACUGGGGGCCACGCUCCGCGGACUGAGCAGUACCUUCCGGAGCCCUGUGCUGUGCAUCAACCAGGUGACGGAGAUCGUGGAGGAGCGGGAGUCUAUGCCCAGGCCACUGGGGACCUGGGACGAGCACCUGUCUCCAGCCCUUGGCAUCGCCUGGGCCAACCAGAUCCUGAUGAGACUGAUGGUUGACCGGGUCCAUGAGGACGAUGCCACCGUGGGCUUGCCCAGAAGCCCGGCUCGGACCCUACGGGUGCUCUUUGCCCCUCACCUGCCCCUCUCCUGCUGUUGCUACACCGUCAGUGGCGAAGGCGUUAGAGGGGUGCCAGGGACUGCGUCCUGCUAACAGCGGCACUGCUGAGUCCCUUCCCACUGCAGAGACCCUGGGCUCUGGCAGCCUGGGGCAGCUACUUGGGAGCCCUUGCCUCGCCUGCUUUCUGCCUGGGGAGGAGUCGGCAGCUGGCCUGGCAGGAUGCUCUUAGCACACAUAGCGCAUGUGCACACGCACACACACACACACACACACACACACACACACACACACACACACACGGGCAGUGACACCCGUCACUCAGACCAGAUGGGGCAGCGCAUUAAGGGGCUCCAUGCUGUGAGAGGAGAGAACAAGCUGACCUCGGCCCUGACCCCACAACAGUCUCAGGGACUGGCCCAACCUGGUUGUCUCAGCUGCCUCAGGCCCAGCAGCUCCAAGCAACUUAAAAGGGACACAAGGAAGGAAACAGGUCUGUGUGCCCUCACUGAGGCCUGGUAAGUGUGUCCAGCAACUCUGGCUUGGCCGUGCAUCCGGACUACAGAGCACUGAAGUGCACGCAUUCUCAGUGGAAGGCGGGCCUGGUCACGUCUGCUGCACACCCCAGAAUCACCACCCUUGGAUCUGACGCUCUACAGUCACCAAAGAACGUGGCCUCUGAAGCCAGGGUUGUGGCUCUGAGCCCGCCCUGUGCUCCCAGAACCCUCCUGGCAGCAAAUGUGCCAUGUAGGGACACGGCCUCAUCAAAGAAUCCUGUUCCAGUGGUGAGAGCCCGCAAACCAGGACGUACAUUGUCACUGUCCUCGCUCAAAAAGGUAUGCCUAAGGCAUACACCAUGACGUCUUCAGGAUAGCUCCACCUGUACAGAGCCCAUCAGACCUUCAAAGCCACCGUUGGCCCCCACCUGUUUUUGGCAGUUCUGGAGACUGAACCUAGGGUCUCCUGCCCAAAAGGCAGGUGCUCCCCAUAGAGCCCCAGUCCAGCCCUGCCCGAUCCGAACCCUGGCAUAAAUGAACGGGCACAGCUCCUUGGGGUGGGGGUAGUUAAGACAAAACGGCCUCUCCACAAAACUGGAGGGCUUUAUAUCAGAAAAUAAAACUUUAUUUUGUAACAAAAUA